AUGGAGGUGAUCCAGCUGAACCUCAACCACUGUGAGCUGGCUCAGCAGGUGCUGUGGCAAACGUUGGUAGAGGCGAAUGUGGACGUGGCGCUACUCUCGGAGCCAUACCAGGUGCCCGUUGGUGACCAAAGCUGGGUGGUAGACAAGACGGGGAAAGCAGCAAUCCUAGCUGGGGGUAAGUACCCCAUCCAGAGCGUCAUCUGCAGGGAUCACGAGGGGUUCGUCAUAGCCGUGAUAAACUCGAUAGUGUGCUGCAGCAUUUACGCUCCCCCCAGUUGGUCCCCCGCAAAAUUCGAAGAGUUUCUCAACACGCUGUCGAUGGAGCUAGCUGGUAGAGGAGCAGUGGUCGUCGGGGGCGAUUUCAAUGCUUGGUCAGUGGAAUGGGGUAGCAACUCCACAAACCAGCGAGGAACGAGUGUUGCAGAAUGCUUCGCGAUGCUGGACCUGCAGCUGCUCAACGACGGCGAAACAAGUACCUUUCGGAGAAAUGGCAGGACAUCUAUAGUGGACGUGACCUUCUGCAGUCAACGGCUGGCAACUGGAGCAGAUUGGAGAGUGCUAGAGGACGAUACCCUCAGUGACCACCAAGCCAUUCGCUUCUCGGUGGGACAUACCCGUGGUCCAUCAGGAAGCGGAUAUGGGGUCACGGGAGGAUGGAGGACGCAGUGCUUCCACUCGGACACGUUCCUGGCAGCUCUAAGCCUCGGGGGCUUUGGCAUCGCACCAACCAGUGCCGCUAAACUGGUAGACGUCUUAUCGGACGCGUGUGAUGCAACAAUGCCGAGGAGGAGGCCAUCCAGCUCGAAACGUCGGCCGAAGUACUGGUGGAACCAAGCCAUCAAGGAGCUAAGGACGGCGUGCACCACGGCCCGUAGGAAGCAGCUGAGAGCCCGCUCCGAUGUGUGUCGGGAGGAGCUGAAGCUGGUGUACCAAGCUGCCAGAUCGGCCCUGAAAAGGGAGAUCAAAGCCAGCAAAAGGCGGUGCUUCCUCGACCUCUGUCGCGAAGCCGAGAGAAAUGUGUGGGGCAACGCGUACAGGGUCGUUGUGAACAAGCUGAAGGGCCAGCCCCCGCCGGAAAGGUGCCCAACCAGACUUCGUGCCUUCAUAGAGGAGCUGUUUCCGCAGCACGAUCUCACGACUCGUGUCCUAUCGUCGUCACCAGCUGAGGAGCUGUCCACGGGGGUGGUGCCGGUGACCAACGAGGAGCUGCUGGACGCCGUUAGGCUGCUGAGGCUGGACAAAGCUCCGGGCCCGGACGGGAAUCCCGAAUGUGGCGCUGAAGGCUGCGGUGCAGGCGUAUCCGGAAGUGUUCAGGGAGUCGUUUCAGCGGCUUCUGGAAACGGGAGAGUUCCCUGCUGUAUGGAAGAGGCAGAAGCUAGUCCUUCUGCCGAAGCCAGGGAAAGGUGUGGGCGGCCCUCCCUCAUUCAGACCUCUGGGGCUGCUGGACACAACUGGUAA